AGAAAAACUAAAUUUUUUCAAUUUUUUUCUGAAAAAAAGGGGAAAAGCCCAACUCUCUCACUCUCCCAAUUGGCCUUUCAAACUUCACACAGUCUUUAAUUCUUGAAAUUAUUGUCUGAAUCUGAAGUGCAUUAUAGAUCUCUCUAUAAGUUUUACUGUGUACUCUUCUGAGGUCGAUAUGACCAAUUAGUUCUAUAAAACGUUCGCCGAACUUCUAUUCACAUGGUGCUAAAUCCUGUUUGGUCUGUGUGCUGUGUUUGCAUCUGAGCUAUGGGUUCAUUUCCACGCAAUUCUGAAAUUGAGGAGCUGAAGCCUGAAAAGUCCCACCAUGGGAAGCCUCCGGUGCAGAAAAGGGGACCCACCAAUAAGUUUCUGGCGGAAGAUGACAUCAACAGACUCUUUGACGCAAUUGACCUUAGAACGUCAAAGAGUUUGGAUCUGUCGGACCGAGCCAGACGGGAUGCCUCUAAGAGACCAAUGAGGCCAGGUGGUGGUGGUGGUGGUGGUGGGCUCACCGCAAAUCAUGAACCGGUCUCUUUAAAACAGGCGUUUCGGGGGCUAUGUAUUUCGCAGGCAGCAGAAAUGGCCUCCAUGAGAAGACUCUCAAAGACACCUGGUGGGUCUCCUGGCCCUGAACUGGGAUCCUCAAGCUUUUCUUCUAGGGUACUAGUUCCACCGUAUUCCCUAAGCCGAAGCGAGCAUUCUUCCCCAAGACAUUUCAUUAACCCAGCCAUUAACAGUCUUGAGUUAACUCUAUUUCAAGAAACUACUUCUUCAAGUUCUUCCAUGAAAUCGCCAAAGAGAAACCUUUCUUCUCCUCAAGUGGUUGUGAAAAUCAAAGAUUCCGAUGGAGACGUUCAAUCCUUAAAGACAGCAGGGAAUGAUGAGAAAACACAAGAGAAGGGUACCACCGGACCAAGAAAGUUGACAAGAAACCCUUCUCGAAGUGGCGGGACCCCGAUCAAAGCCGCACCCAGAUUAAGACGCAAGGGGAGACUGCAAACCACUCCGUUGUCCAACAACAAGGAUUUCAAGCAAUCAAGAAACGCAUCCCGUGCCGUAAAACCGGCUAUCCGGAACAAGAAUCUCGCAAGUAAGAAGAAGCCAAAAGUGGAAUCUUUGCAAGUGAAUCCCUCGGAUGAAAAGAAAGGCGUAACGGCUUCUGGCAAUGACAAAGUUACUAUCUGUCAGAGAUGUCAAUGCGCAUUGAAGGACACAAAGGAUGAUGGUGCUGAAAUUCAACCUGCAACCCCCGUUGUGCCCAAUAAGAGUUCAAAAUACAAAGGGGACUUCUCCCAGAGCUCAAAGAGUAGCAUGGGCGACUACAGUAGCAGCACAACUUUCAGCGAAGAGAGCAACCUAAGUGGGCCCUGUUCCGGAAUCAGGCCCCACAUGUCCAAGGACUCGCGAUGGGAUGCCAUAAACCGAGUCAAGAAACAAAACGGGUUCUUGGGCUUGAUUCACUUCAAUCUGCUGAGGAAGUUGGGCUGUGGGGAUAUUGGCACCGUGUAUCUUGCCGAGCUAGUGGGAACGAGUUGCUUGUUUGCCAUAAAGGUUAUGGAUAAUGAGUUUUUGGCUUUGAGGAAGAAGGCGCCGAGGGCACAAACGGAAAGAGAGAUUUUACGGAUGCUCGAUCAUCCUUUCCUCCCCACAUUGUAUGCCCAGUUCACUUCCGAUAAUUUGUCGUGUUUGGUUAUGGAGUUUUGCCCCGGUGGGGAUCUGCACGUCAUCCGCCAACAACAGCCAAACAGAUUUUUCCCCGAAUCUGCUGCACGGUUUUAUGUAGCUGAAGUCCUCCUUGCUCUAGAGUAUCUGCACAUGCUCGGCGUGGUGUACCGUGACCUAAAACCGGAAAACGUCAUGGUGCGCGAAGACGGUCACAUAAUGCUCACAGAUUUUGACCUUUCCCUCCGCUGUUCGGUCAACCCUACGCUCCUAAAAUCCUCGUCGUCUUUGGGAAUGGACCCCGCCAGGGUCUCCGGUCCGUGCACGGGAUCCAACUGCAUCGACCCCUUUUGUGCCGGACCGUCGUGCCAAGUUUCCUGUUUUACCCCUAGAAUCCUAACCCCCGCCGCGAGAGCCAGAAAACUCGCGGCGCUGAUCCGGAGGAGGUCAAUGCCGCAGGUCGUGGUGGAGCCGACAGAGGCCCGGUCGAACUCGUUCGUCGGGACCCACGAGUACCUGGCCCCCGAGAUAAUCAAGGGCGAGGGGCACGGGAGCGGCGUGGACUGGUGGACCCUAGGGGUAUUCCUGUACGAGCUCCUGUACGGGCGGACCCCAUUCAAGGGCGCCGAGAACGACGAGACUCUGGCGAACGUGGUGCUGCAAAGCCUGAGGUUCCCCGACGGGCCCAUGGUGAGUUUUCAGGCCCGGGAUUUGAUGAGAGGGCUUUUGGUGAAGGAACCGGAGCAGCGGUUGGGCUCGGAAACCGGAGCGGCCGAGAUUAAACGGCACCCGUUCUUUGACGGGCUGAACUGGGCCUUGAUCCGAUGUGCCGCCCCGCCAUUGGUGCCUGAACUGUGUGACCUUGUUGAAACCCCCCCUCAAAGGAAGUUCCUUGCUGAAGGUGAUGAGCAUAUAGAGUUUGACUUGUUCUAGCAAUAAUGUACUCUUAGUGUUUCCACCUUGAAGAUUUGUACAUUUUUUUCCUCCCCAUUUUGCCCAUUUCAGUCUUAAAUGUUUGUGUACGAUGUAUGUAUAUGGUGAGACUGUGAGAAAAGAGAACACUUCGGGUUUUUUCGCGGUUUGUAUGGGGAAGAUUGAAACCAUUUAAUUAUCGUUCGUUUUAGGAAUGUGU